AUGCCCAGCAAGCGCUCCCGCCAUCAACAUCCUGGCGAUUGUACACCGCCGCCCGCGUCACUGCUCGUGAUAUGCCUCCAACACAACUUGAUACGGCAUAGGCGCUCCAUCCGAACCACCAUGACUCGACCAAGAGGCUCCUCAGCCGGCAGCGAGGAGAGUGCUGCGACAGCCAGAGAGCAGGAGCUGGGAACCAUGUACGAUUACCUGGCCAAGAUUAUCCUCCUGGGGCCAAGCGGGUCGGGAAAGUCUUGCCUGCUACAUCGGUUCGUGAAGAACGAAUGGCGAGCCUUGUCAUCCCAAACAAUAGGUGUGGAGUUUGCGAGCAAGAUUAUCAAAGUUGGCACCGGAGCCAGGCGCAAAAGAAUAAAGCUGCAGCUCUGGGAUACAGCUGGCACUGAACGAUUUCGAUCCGUUUCUCGAUCCUACUACCGAGGUGCCGCGGGCGCCAUCCUCGUUUACGACAUAACAUCACAUGGCUCCUUUCGCGGACUGCAGCCUUUUCUCAACGAUGCGCGAGCUCUGGCGUCGCCCAACCUGAGUCUACUCCUCGUCGGCAAUAAGCUCGAUCUCGCCAACGAAUCCCUCAUCGACACGUCCAUGCCACCUCCCACACCAAGCAGCGUCAGCUCCAACUCGACGAUAACCGCGGGUGGCUUUGCAAGCUCAUACUCGACCACCAACACCCAAACCACAACAAGAGGCAGAGACUACGCCGGGUCCAUCAGCGCCGGGUCCAUCGGCGCCGGCUCUGUGCAAAAAGCCACAUACGCGCCGGACGGCCGGGAGAUUUCGAGCUCGGAAGCCACGAGAUGGGCCAGCACACAGGGCAUCUCGGUGGUCACGGAAGCCAGCGCGCUGAAUGGAGAAGGCGUCGACGAGAUAUUUGCCAGGCUCGCUCGCAUCAUCCUUACCAAGAUUGAGCUGGGCGACAUUGAUCCGGACGACCCGAUGAGCGGCAUCCAAUACGGCGACAGUGGUGCCUGGAACGCUGCAAGUGAUGGCGGCAGCAUCAAGAGCUCCAUGACUGGUGCCACGGUAGAAGAGGGCGGUAUCCCCGGGCUUCGUAGGCGACGCAAGGGCAAGAAUCGCAAUCAGAACUGGGGCGGCCUGCGUGAGUGGGAGGAAGUCUUUACUUUGAGCAACAGACGACGAGGAGGCAACUGCUGCUGA